AUGGCUUGUCUGCUUCCACCGAGAAGCCAUCUAUGGGCGUGGCAGCUGCAUACCUGGCCGCCGCGGACUCGGAGCCAACCUUGCCUGUCAACAGUCGAGAUAUCAGCAAUUGGCCAUGCCCAGAGCCCCCGUCGAAGCACCCAUGAGGCUGCCUGCAACAGGGCAAAGACGGCGAGCAGGGCAAAACAGGGCAUGCUCACCCCAGUCGUAGCUGUUGACUCCUGUAGACACCAGUUAGCAGGCGCUUUCCCAGCAGCAGCAGCAGCAGCAACGCAGGGACGAGCUCACCACACUGGAGACGGAAGAGAGGGACCUGCAUGUCUACAGCGCAGCGAGACCGUCUCAGAGGGAUGCAAUAUCGACGAAGAAGAAGAAGUAGGGGAAGAGGAAGACGUUGAAGAAGCGCAAGUCUGA